AAACCAAACGUUUUCUUCGUCCAUUUUUAAACCUUUUAAGAAGCAGAUUAAUGGCCUCUCCCCAUGAAAUUGAGGUCACCAUCUCCUCCGCCAAAGACCUCAAAAACGUUAACUGGCGACACGGCCCCAUCAGGCCCUACGUCGUCUUGUGGGCUGACCCCAAAUACAAGUGUUCCUCCAAAGUCGACGAGGAGGGCGACAGCUCUCCCUUCUGGGACGAAACUCUGCUCAUCCCUCUUGCUCCUGCUCCCAUCGACGACGACACCGCUCUCUUCAUCGACGUCGUCCACGCUGGCUCCGAGGAUGACACCAAGCCUCUCAUCGGCUCCGCUAAGAUCAAGCUCCGGGAAGUCCUCGACGACGUCGGCUUCGGUGUAAGCCUCGAGAAAACUCUCAAGCUGAAGCGACCCUCUGAGAGACCCCAUGGAAAACUUGACGUUAGAGUUUUGAUCAGAGAGCCACGCUAUUACGCGCCCGAUCCUUACCGGGCACCUCCCUACGGGGUCCCACCACCGGCUUCAAGAGACUACCCAGCAGCUCCUCCGGCUUACGGCUACUCUUACCAGUACGCUCAGCCUCCCCCGCCGCAAAAUCCUUACUACGCGGCCCCAGCUUCUGGGCACUACAAUUAUAACGCUCAGCCGGCGUACGGUGAGGGAAGUGGUGGGUACUACGGGUAUGGGCAGGAGGAGAAGAAGAAGAGUAAGUUUGGGGGGAUGGGGACAGGAUUGGCUGUGGGUGCGGUUGCAGGGGCUUUGGGUGGGCUGGCAUUAGCGGAGGGUGUGGAUGCGUUGGAGGAUCAUUUCGAAGAUGAAGUGGCGGAGAAGGUCGAAGAUGAUCUUGGAUACGACGACGGCGGCAAUGAUUUCUAAUCAUUAAUGUCAACUGAACAAUUGCUAAAUCUCUAGUAUUUUAAUCAAUCAAUUGAUUGAGAUAUUGUGAUUUUAAGUUUUAACCCAUAAGCUUCGGCUUCCGGAAAAUAUGGGAUUAUAUUUAUAUUCCGAUAUCAAUGUUAAAAAACACAAAUUUGUCCGAAAAUAAAAUAUUGGAAAAACUAAAUAUUUAGUACAUAAAUUAUGUUUUUUUCGAUU